CAGGCCGUCUGUAGCGGACUGGGCGGCGGAAGUUUGACGGCGCCGGGCGAGUGGCUGCAGCAGCGGCGCCGGAGACCCAGCAACUCUGCCGCAGUACCCGCAGCGGUGCCGGAGGCCAGGCGAGCCUGGGUGUUAGAUCCCGGACAGCAGGAGGAACCCCUCUGACACACAGAUAUGGACUUGGAGGCCAAAGUAAAGAAGAUGGGUUUAGGACAUGAGCAAGGAUUUGGAGCCCCCUGUUUAAAAUGCAAAGGAAAAUGUGAGGGGUUCGAACUGCACUUCUGGAGAAAAAUAUGUCGUAACUGCAAGUGUGGCCAAGAAGAGCAUGAUGUCCUCUUGAGCAAUGAAGAGGAUCGAAAAGUGGGGAAACUUUUUGAAGACACCAAGUAUACCACUCUGAUUGCAAAGCUAAAAUCAGAUGGAAUUCCCAUGUAUAAACGCAAUGUUAUGAUACUGACCAAUCCAGUUGCUGCCAAGAAGAAUGUCUCCAUCAACACAGUUACCUAUGAAUGGGCUCCUCCUGUCCAGAAUCAGGCAUUGGCCAGGCAGUACAUGCAGAUGCUGCCCAAAGAGAAGCAGCCAGUGGCAGGCUCAGAGGGGGCGCAGUACCGGAAGAAGCAGUUGGCAAAGCAACUCCCUGCUCAUGACCAGGACCCUUCAAAGUGCCAUGAGUUGUCUCCCAAAGAGGUGAAGGAGAUGGAGCAGUUUGUGAAGAAAUAUAAGAGCGAGGCUCUGGGAGUAGGAGAUGUCAAACUACCCCGUGACAUGAACGCCCAAGGCCCCAACAGAACAUACAUUCCUGGAGGCGAUAGAAGCACCACGACAGCGGUAGGGGCCAUGGAGGACAAAUCGGCCGAACACAAAAAAACCCAGUAUUCCUGCUACUGCUGCAAACUGAGUAUGAAGGAAGGAGACCCAGCCAUCUAUGCUGAAAGGGCCGGCUACGAUAAACUGUGGCACCCAGCUUGUUUCGUCUGCAGUACAUGCCAUGAACUCCUGGUCGACAUGAUUUAUUUCUGGAAGAAUGGCAGGCUGUACUGUGGCAGACAUUACUGUGACAGUGAGAAACCCCGGUGUGCUGGCUGUGAUGAGCUGAUAUUCAGCAAUGAGUAUACCCAGGCAGAAAACCAGAACUGGCAUCUGAAACACUUCUGCUGCUUUGACUGUGACAACAUCCUAGCUGGGGAAAUAUAUGUGAUGGUCAAUGACAAGCCCGUGUGCAAGCCCUGCUAUGUGAAGAACCAUGCUGUGGUAUGUCAAGGAUGCCACAAUGCCAUUGAUCCCGAAGUGCAGCGGGUGACCUAUAACAACUUCAGCUGGCACGCGUCCACAGAGUGCUUUCUGUGCUCCUGCUGCAGCAAGUGUCUCAUUGGGCAGAAGUUCAUGCCAGUAGAAGGGAUGGUUUUCUGUUCAGUGGAGUGUAAGAAGAUGAUGUCUUAAGAGGAGAGUACCAAGCAAUAUUGAGCCAUAGCUAACCAGAGUGGUCUGCAUUUCUACUGUAAAAUGCAAUUUGGAAAAACAAAAGGAAAAAAAGAAACU